AUGUUCACUUGUUGUUUUAUAGAUGCAGUCGGAAAGGAAGUUUUGCCGGUUAUUGUGUCUUUAAGAGAAAAUGGACAAAUAAAACAAGAAGUUUUAAAGAAAGCAACAGAAUUACAAAUACCUAUUAUUCACUUUAUGAACGAAAACCAGACAAACACUCAGGAUUCCUGUGUUUUGUGGGCUACGAACAGCGACAAAGAUGAAGCAGAAAUCAUACAAUACAAAACAGUAGCACUUACUGAAAUGCCUUGGCGGAUACAAAAAUUGGAAGAGAAAUACACACAAGGUUCUUCGUUGCCAGAUGGAAUUGCAUUCAUUUCGGAGAUCAAUGGUGACCUUGAUGAUCUUAUUUACAAUAUGAUAUUAGGAGUGUGUUUAGAGAAGGAAUCCUUAUCGAUAACAGGAAGAUAUGUGUUUAAUGAAAAGUAUUUGAAGACUGUAUGGAAUAACCAGACAUCCUUUUCCAAAAUUGAUUACCCACUUCCAGAAUAUCGAGUUCAAAACAGCCAGGAAUCCGACAAUACAGAACAAACAGUGAAUAAGUCAAAUGGAAAAGAAACCAAAGUCAAACUAACAAAUUGGGAAUCUGAAUGUUAUGGUCUUAUAUUUUUUGCUUUGCUGCAAAAACAAUAUUGGGAGGGAGCACUUCAACUCUUAGAAAAUGGAUAUAUUGGCAUAAAUCAUAUCCUAGUCGGUUGUGUAAUAGUAGAAGACGAAAUCAACAAAGGGAAAACAGAAAAACUCUUAACAGAAAAACUGAAGCGUAUUCAAAAAGCAUUUACAGACAAAGCUGUCAGCAUUACAAGCUACAUCUAUGAAGAGGAUAAGAAAAAAAAGAACGAAAUCAAAAAGAAAAUAACAGACAGUCCGGAGAGAAAAGAAAACAACGAGAGGAAAAAGGCGGAACAACAGUUGGCUGACAAUGUCAGUCAUGCUGGAAGACUACUCUUAAAUCAUGGAUAUUUAAGGGAUGCAAUCAAUACAGAAAACAAUGCUUAUCUUGAAAGUGAAACAGUUAAAAAAAUCUUAAAUAAGAUACUUUAUGGUACAGAAGAGGUACAUCGACAAUCGGCCAUGUGUUUUUUUGUACUGUCUGCAGUUCACAUCAUUGUGUUACCUUUAUUAAUGAUAAAUAUGGAGUACAGCCUUUUACGUUGGUUUUACAAAAAGUACCAGUUGCAUUACGUGAAAGUAUAUAUACAUAUGCUUGGGUACACAGUUCUGCUGAUUGCAUAUUCAUACAUGUUGCUGUUCGACUACAAAUCUGAUGGGAUCUCAUACACGGACUAUUUCAUUAUUAUAUGGAUGGCAAGUUUUUUUGUGGAUGAAACAAAUCAGAUCAUUGUUGCUGUUAUCAGAGACAAAUGGACAAACUAUUCUAUUGAUUGGUGGAACCUUUUAGAUUGGCUGAUGAUCGCAUUAUAUACAACUGGAAUGCUGUUGAAAACCGGCGAAGGAACAGGUUUUCAAAUUACUUCAAAAUUGUUAUUAGUUGUAACUUUUACGGCACUGUGCACACGAUUGUUACAUUUUACCUGCAUGACAGAGUUUCUAGGACGAAAGUUAGUCAUUAAUCGAAAAAUGAUAAAAGAUACAUCUGCCUUCAUGAUUAUUAUCUUAAUCAUAAUGGUGUGGUACAGUGUAUCUUUUUAUGCGCUUUUAUAUGAAAACUCCGACUUCACUUGGAAACAGAUGGAAAAAAUUCUUCGAAAUGGUUAUUGGAUGUUAUUUGGUGACCUUUACUUAGAUGCAACUGAAAUAGAUUGCACGUCAAACAGAACAAUAUAUGAGAUGGGUAUUUUACAGCGUUGUCCUUCUGACCUUGGUGUAUACGUGACCCCUUACUUAAAGGCAUUCUACGGGUUGCUAGCAGUAGUGUUAUUGCUUAACUUGCUGAUAGCUAUGUACAGUGACACAUACACUAAAGUACAGCAAAAUGCGAAUUUAAGUUGGUUACAGAUGCAAAUUGAUUUAUUUGAGGAAUACAGCAUCAAAACGGUAUUUCCAAUUCAUCUUCAGUUAUUUGCAUUAGUUGGAACAAUUCCUGCAAUUCUAUGGUUUUGUUUUUACUAUCUGAGGAUAAAAUUCAAAUUUGGCACGGAAAAAGAAAACAGGAUAAAACAAAGAGCAAUGCUUGUUAGAGUGUUUCUUUAUGAUACAAGUUAUGACGUGAAACACAAAUCAACAUUACUUGCAGAAGAGAAAGGUGUACUUGAGGCAAAAGGCAAAAUUGACCUAUCCGAUAGUGAUGCAGUAACGACAUUAACCAAACUGACAAGUAUAGAAGAUGAACUGAAAAAUGUAAAAACGAUGUUGAUCAAAACACAAAAAGAUAUGGAAGAUAAAUUAGACAAAAUGCUGAAAAAGUUAAAAAUAGACAAAGACAACGAACAAACAUCCUUCUGAUUUGAUUUCAUCGGAUGCACAAGACACUGAGAAGAAACUAGUGUGACGAGUUGUGAAAUGACGCAUCUCUGUUCUUUUCUAUCUUAUAAUUUGUUUAUGAUAUUCAUGUGGCUAUUAUAUGGCAUCGGAUAUGUACAACUAAACUUUUUAGAAUCAUACAAACUUUAAAGUCAUAAUGAUAUGACCGAGCGAUAUAUUCAUUUGCAUUAAUAGUGGAAGUGAUAUUCCUGGUAUCAUAACUUGUCAAAGAUUACAGGUAAACUGUAAAUAAACAAAAGGAUCAAUAUCGUGUAAAUUUUCAGUAUAUCAGUUGAAUCAAAGUUUAAAACACACAAUUCCAUAGUGUUUGAAGCGCAUAUGUCCUUUUGUUUUACAGCUAACAAAUGAGUAAACGUCCUGCUCCUGUCUGGUCGCGCAUUGUCUUUCAAAAUCAAGAUAAUGCGUUCUUCUAUCUUUCACGAUUAAUUUUAAUGAAAAAUCUACAAAUUAAAUGUUUUCAAAACCAAAUGAACAGAUUCAAUGAUAAGAAACUUUUUUAAUUGUACUAUCUGACAUACCAAUUAUAAAUACAUCAAAUUACGGGAAUGCCAUAAAAAAAUACUAAUUUGUUUUCCAGAGUUGUUCCACGUUUUGAAAAUAAAGCAGAUUUUUCACAGAUGUUGAAGUAAAAUUACGAUGCAUGACACACACGGUAUGGUCUCAAUGCUUUUUUUUUUUUUUACCACCGUUAUGUAUUCUUUCACGAACAUUUUAUCAAUAAACCGAAUACCAGUCAUUGAUAUAUAAAUAUAACUACUAGAUAUUUUUUGGAAUGAUUCAAUUCUGUAAUUAUAUAACCAUUGGAUCUUUUUAAUUCUUGAAAUCAACGAUAUUCUUUAUGUCAUGUUUAAUUUUGAUGAAACUUUUUUUUAACUUGAAUCUAAAAAAAUAAAAGAGAUAGGAAAAACAUUGUAUUACUUAUUUCGUUUUUGAAAUAUAAUUGCUCCAACAUUGUCCAAUGGUCAAAACAUGUGAUGUAUAUAGACAUUUUUAUUUAUGUUUAGAUCAUUUCUAUGCAUAAUUACAAUUCAUUUUUAAUGUAAUCACAAUUUUGUAUUUAAUUUUAUAGAUUCAUUUAACCAAGAAUGCAUAUAUGAACAUAAUCGUUAAACUGAUUUAACAUAGACAGUAUGUGUAAAAUGAUAUUCAAAAAGCGGUUACAAUCUUAAAACUAAUCCAAAAGGUUCCAAAUUUACUGUGUGUUGUUUUCAUAUCUAAAGCAUUGAUUUGAGACGAAAAUAAAAAUAAAAAUUUUGCAAUUUUUUAGAUUUCAAAAAAACUUU